AAACACUAUCGUAACGCAUUUUUCCAAUCUCGUAUACUAAUAUUGUCGUUAAACGCCUGUCUAACGGUCUAACCUUAUAGCGGUUUAACCUUAAAGCGCAAUGUAUUUUGGGUAUUUUCACAAUGUUCUCGUCCUCGCCUCUCGUAUCUUAUCAUAUUCCACUCCAAUAUGCGAUAAGUUCACAUGGCUGUCGGCGGAUGUUGAGUUUCAGUGCGAAUUAUAGCUCGUGCGACGAAUAGCUAUGAGUGCGAUAAUCGUUUUUUGUGAAAGUCAAUUUUCCCUGCUCAUUCGCGUGAUUCACUACCAAACUUAGAUGGCUGGUUUAGGCUUGUCGAUGCAUGUGCGGAGUGAGGAGAGUGUAGAAUACUUUGAUUUUUCUGAUAAAUUUGCUUUGUAAGGCACCCUUAAAUUAAGAACGAUGCCUGGGACCUCUUUUUUUAACGAGGUGAAAUGCGAAGUAUCAGCAAAUGAAGAGGAAAGGUCUGUCAUGACUUCUUUGGGGAAAUUAGUAUUUGGGGAUAUUCAUCAAAGGUAUAUCAAAGAUUCAUCAAAGAGAUCAUUGACUCAGGAUGAUUUAUCUGCAGAAUAUACAGAUUCCUUGUCUCUUGCUUAUGAAAAUCUCUUAUAUAUGCCUCUUGAUAUAAUAGAGAGACAUAGUAUCACCAUAAAUACUUUAGAUAUCAGUUACAAUAAGUUUAGCAGGAAUUUGCAAUUCUUAUUGGAAUUUGACCAUCUCACUUCCCUAAACUUGGACCACAACAUUAUAGAUGAAUACACUGUGUUUCCAUACAUGCCGCAACUCGAACUUCUUUGGUUAAAUCACAACGGCAUAGACAACUUGUAUCCCUUUAUUAAGAAUCUCCAUAAGAGCCUACCAAACCUAAAGUAUUUGUGUCUUAUGGGAAAUAAUGCUGCACCUAGUUACCUCAAUGAUAGAACUUCUUACGAUCAUCUCCAAUACAGACUCUUUGUGAUAUCCUGGUUCCCGAGGUUGGUACAUUUGGACGAUAGUAGAGUAACUGCAGAUCAACGGAAAGAAGCUGGGAGAUUGUUCAAACGACCGCUGUUUGAAGAUCUUGUGUGCGUAAAAUAUUUGCACAAUAGGUUAACGAAUACAUUUUGGAGUUUUGACAAACAAAAGAAAAAUUUUAUCGUUUGAUUGAUAUUGAGGCACUGUAGAGAUAUAGGAGAUUGUGAAAAGACGGCGUAUCUUUAUAAGAAACAAUGAGAUUAUAAUUUCUUACAUUUUAAUAAAAAUAUGAAUAUAUGUAGAUUUUGGAAUACUUAUGCAUACUUUUUGCAUCAAUAUUUAUAUUUCUAUCAAAAAGAAAAAAAAUCAUUGAAGAGAUACCGCGCAAAAUAACUUGCGUAUUAAACGUAAAUAGUAUUCGCUACAUGUUAUUCAAAUUUUACACUUGUGAUAUAUAUGAACAAUCGUACCUCGUGUAUAUAUAUUUAAACAGAAGUUAUAUUUAACAAAGCCUUUUUGAAAAUUAUUGAACAUGAAUGUUAUUUUGUACUAUACAUAGAUACAUACAUGAGUAUGUGCGUAUCUGUUAUCGAGUAUCUUUUAUAGAUAAUAUAACAUAUUUGGUCGAAAUGAAA